GGAAAUGCAACAUCAGCUCAAUUGGUGAGAAAUCUGUGGUUGGGGGCAGCUAUCUCCAGACAAUGUUUGCCUAAUUCAUGAACGGGUCAGACGUCGACGAGGAGGGAGUUGACGAUAGUAGACUUACACGUGCAAGAUCAAGAAGGAUCCCGUACGUGUUCAGGACUCUAGAGGAGGGAGAAGAAAGACGGCUUUGUGCCGAACGUAGAGCCCGUGCUCUCGCAGCAUCGAGAGAAGCAGCAAACCUUGCAGCUAGGGAGCAAGCUGCCGCAUCAGUCACGGCAACAGCAAUGGCUAUCGCAGCAGCAACCUCUGCUGCAACUUCGGCUGCGUCCUCGUCAGGAACCCAGUUGGGAAUGCCAACGGGGUCCCCGGGUAUCUCCACUUCACUAGGGUCUAGGUCGUCUACAAGUCAAAUGACGGGCGUGCAGUUCAGCCCGUUGACUCCUCGCGAGAGGGAGCUCAGGGAGCUUCAACAAGUCGAAAGGAUCCGUGAAAGAUUAGAGAGGGAACUGAAACAGGCUACCGACAGAGAAAAGGAGAUCAAAAAUAGAACAGCCAGGCUUGAUACGCUAGUGACUGACAAGGCUGAGUUGGAGGGCUUGGACGAUUCAGGAAUGAAUGAGCCCAUGAAAGUGUUGAGGAACAACAUGCUGUCACUGCAUGCGCAUGUGGACAGCAGGUUGGACUUCAUGCAGAACACUUUAGACCAGAUCUUGGACGCUUUGACAAGGCCAGGAUUCCGGCCACCAGCACAAUCGCCGUUGCCGUUAACAACGAUGUCAGGUCCCUUUCCCGUACAAGCUGGCACACAUCCAAGUGGUACGUCUGCAGCAGUCUCACAGACUGUUGCGUCUUCUUCUUCGGGUCCAGUGGUGGUUGCUACACCACCACAACAACCUGUUCAACAAAGUGGACAGCCGCAAGGUCAAUGGUAUCCAAAGACCCCAAUGAAACCGCCUCUUGCCUUCUCAGGCGAAAGAAAGGACGAGGAACUCAACACAUGGUUGAGAACCGUCCCGGUUUGGGUGAAGGCCAAGAGGACCUUGCCAGAGGAUGAGGUGGUAACUGCGGCAUCUUACCUAGAGGGUAAGGCAGCCAAGUGGCUAGAUGGAGUAGUUGUAAAGGCCGAGUACGCGAGACGCAUGGCGGACUGGGCUAAGUCCUUGACGUUAGAUCAGUUCAUGGAUAUGGUAGAAGCUCGAUGGCAUAAUCCACAGGAGACACAAAAGGCCAUUGAUGCCAUUAACAAACGGGACCAAUGCAAGUUCAGGUCAGUUAGGGAGCUUACGACUACCGUUGAGAGUCUGAUCCUCGUCCCAGGUAUCAACUACAGCGACCAGUUCCUGUUAACAAUGUUUGUUAGAUGUCUCCCUGAGAACAUCAGGAACUUACUAGCCAGUGAGGCACGCACCGAGUACCACUCAUUUGAGACAUUGUCUAGGAAGGCCUUAGAUUUGGAGGCAACACUAGGCAAUGCUCAACCCACCUCACAGAAUGACUCAAAGAAGAAGAAGAGUCCUCAGGAGUGGAAGAAGAAGGGGGCGAAGUUGAUGAUGGUUGAGUCUGAUGAGACUCAAACUGAAAUCGAUGAGCUCUCUGACCUGAUGGACUACUCAGAGUAUGACGGGGAGGAGGUAACUGAGGGUAGCACCCUCGCCGCGGUAGUGAAGACUAAGGCGGCAGGCCGAGGAAAGGGUCAGCCUAGGGGUCAAUGGAAGACCGCCUCCAAUCAGACCAAACAGGCUAAGUGGACUACGGAAGGUCUUGAUCAAGACGUGUGGCGUGACCGCCGUUCGCGUGGCGCUUGUAUCAACUGCGGGGAAUACGGACACACGCAGUGGAAGUGUCAGAACGCUAAGGACCGGGUACGGCACCUUAGUAGACCUGUAGCAUCUACUUUGGCCAACAAGAAGCGCAUGAUUGUAACAGACUACAUCAAGGACGUAGUCUGUACCUUCUCCUAUGGAGGAGGUGAGCUUAACCAUAAGAUCUCGUUCUUGGUUAGCGACGACUUGCCAUUCGAUAUGAUGUUAGGCAUGUACUACCUCGAAGUUGCUGAGCCCCAGUUUUACUGGGAUAAGAAAGUGCUCAAACAUAAGUUGCCCGAUGGCCGAACUGUCAGACUGACGAAGUUCAAGGCCAGCAGUAUAGUAGAUACCUAUGGCUGCUUGUGCGCAUCAACGUUCUACAACUACUACAAGCAAAACGAAGAGGAGGGUAUAUACCUUGUUUAUGUCUCUGAGAAGGGGGUGGGCGUUAAAACACCCCAAGAGAUAGAACGCGUCGCUGCUAAGUUCCCUGAUCUGUUCGAGGAGCCCUCAGGAGUUGUUGAUAGGGAAGUCGUCCACGCUAUAGAAAUCAUUUCAGGGAGUAAGACCCCAAAGGGAAGGAUCCAUAAGAUGGCCCCUGCCGAGUUAGAUGAACUUCGGAAGCAACUCAAGGAGCUGACAGAGAAGGGAUGGAUUCGGCCUAGUACUUCUCCUUACGGAUCACCUGUACUAUUCGUACCAAAGAAGGGGGGUACUUUGAGGAUGUGCAUUGAUUAUAGGGGCCUCAAUGCCAUCACAGUGAAAAACGCAGAGCCUCUACCUCGCAUAGACGACCUAUUGGAUAGGGUGCAGGGAUGCAAGUACUAUACAAAGAUAGACUUGAAAUCCGGAUAUCACCAGAUCGCAAUAAGACCUGAGGACCAACACAAGACAACUUUUCAGACUCGUUAUGGUCUAUAUGAGUUUGUAGUGAUGCCUUUUGGUCUUUGUAAUGCGCCGGGUACAUUCCAGCACGCUAUAAAUCGGAUCUUCCAUGACCAUUUAGAUCAGUUUGUCGUGGUCUACCUAGACGACAUUCUGAUCUUUAGUAAGUCUGUCAAGGAGCACGCAAAGCACGUUGAGACAGUUCUCUCACUCCUACGACAGCACAAGUAUAAGGUCAACUUAGAGAAGUGUGAAUUCGGUCGAACUAAGAUAAUAUACUUGGGUCACGAAGUAUCCGCGGAAGGGAUUAGGCCGGAAGAUGCGAAGGUGGCUAGUAUUCGAGACUGGCCACGACCUCAGACUGUCACUGAGGUCAGAUCUUUCUUAGGAAUGUGCGGCUACUAUAGGAACUUCGUAAAGAACUAUUGUACAGUCGCCUCUCCUUUGACAGAUCUAACUCGACUUGACACGCCGUGGGACUGGAGUGAUGAGUGCGAGGAUGCUUUCAAGAGAUUGAAGCAUGCACUCAUGAAUCAUGAGGUCCUCAUGGUUCCCGAUCCGCAGAAGCCAUUCAUAGUGACCACUGACGCAAGCCAAUACGGCAUUGGCGCAGUGCUGGCUCAACAGGAUGGGAAAAAGUUGAGACCGAUUGAGUACAUGAGUAAGAAGAUGCCAUCGAAGAACUUGGCUAAGUCCACCUACGAAAGGGAACUCUAUGCUCUCUACAAAGCACUUGUCCAUUGGAGACACUUCCUUUUGGGAAGGUUCUUCUAUCUGAGGACUGAUCAUCAGACCCUCAAAUGGAUCAAGACUCAACCGGUUCUUUCUGAUGCACUCAAGCGAUGGAUUGAGGUCAUAGACCAAUAUGACUUCAAGCUUGAGUAUGUGAAGGGAGAGUACAACAAGGUUGCAGAUGCGCUAUCCCGUAGAGCAGACUACCUAGGUGCGCUGGUUUCUGACUUGGCGUAUCUAAUGAAGUAACUCAAUCAUUGGUGGGAGCCUAUCAGGAAG